AUGAGUGAAUCGCCUAUAAAUAGCUCUUCAUCGAGUACAAAAAUUCGCACAAUCAGUGAAAAUAAUGCGGAAGAUUCAGCUGCGCCCUCUUCAAGCUCCCAAAGAGUUCCAUCCGAAGCCUCGUCCAAUAUUUUAGUCCUUUACUACGAUUGCUUAGAAAGAAUAUUCUCACUUCUGAGCUUAGAAGAUCAGUUGAAUUUUUCGCGUUCUAAUCGCGAAAUAGAAUGCAUGUUCAGGAACUACGCCCAGCGGAAGUACAAACACAUCACCGAUAGACUCGAGGAAUCUGAUCUGGAAUAUUUAGUGGAACAAGUCAACGAGCAUGUGAUCAGCUAUGAGUCACUAUCGCAACCCUCCUACGGAGACGAGGAGAAGUUGCGGUUACUAGGAAAGCACUGCCCUAUGCUGCGGCGCCUCAGGAUGACUUUCAUGCGAGUCGGAUGGGAGGACUUGAACCAAUUGAAGAACUUAAACACUCUUGAUGCCUUUAUACAGUUUAGAAUAUUUUAUGUCUAUGAGAAGUUCUUCUUAAAUCUAUCAGAGAAUCUCCCGUGUCUGAGGAAGCUAGUCUUAGAAGCUCCUGGCUACAGUGGGAAAGAACUCCACGUGUUGAAGAAACUACAGCAUCUAGAGAUAGGUCACUUUUGCAAUUUAGAUGCCAAAUCCCUGGUCGAUUGCUGCAUCAAGAUGAAAAAUCUGCACUUUCUUAAAAUUGGAAGGUGGCCCAACAACCUGACCAACAAAAACCUCUCCGCGAUUGUCGCGAACUGCCGGAACUUGGAAACGCUUGAGUUCACCUGA